AUGGCAACAGCCUCUGCUGGGCGCGCAGCUCUUGUGACCGGCAAAGGCUCAUCGUUUAGCUCAUUCAGGCUCACUCACUUCGUUGCAGAUGAUGCUCCAAACGCGUCAACGAAUACCGAUAUUCAACUCCAGCAACAGGCGCGGUACUCCAGCCAGCGUCCAGACACGGAGCAGAUGGCGCAAGCACCUCGCCCUUCAUCGGGCCAGAAUUCUGAUCGGACGCCAUCCAUCGCGCCCUCGAGGCCACCACCACAGCAAGAUCACAACCAGCCCACUGCAUCUCCAGCCCUGGAGCUUGUAGAACUGGCAUCGAAUCCGAUAAUCGAAGGCAUACUCGGCCCCAAUAAAGACGGGAGAGUGAGGAAUCCGGUGCCGAGCAAACUGAAGGGGAAAACGGACAAUAAGCAGGGGAAUUUUGGGGUCAUGCAUAUGGGUAUGAGCCCCGGGGGGAAGAAGACAGACGCCCAAGGAAGGGAUGCUGCCGCAGAGCGAGACGCCGCUGCAAGACGGACGAGCGAGAAUACUGCCUCUCGAGCGAAGGCCGCGCAAUCCGAGAAAUACGUGCCUCCAAAGAAGAGAGGUUUGGAGGCAAGCCUAGGUGAUCCAACAGCAAACCGUGGCUCCCCAUUUGCUGUAUCCCGAGACGAUCAUAGACAGCGAGCGAGACCGCUGGCCCCGGACGAGACAAAGUUCGAGCAAGCACGGCUACUUACACUGCUGAGGAGCAUCAAUCCGCUUACCGUAGUGGACCAGAUCUGUAAAGCAGUUGCAUACUUUGGGGGGAUUCCUGACGCACCUCCUCCGGAGGAUGGGAUCUUCCCAGAGAGCGCAAAUACAAGAGAGACUGGUGCAUUGUUUAUUGGCUGGCUUGCGGAGAUUUUCCCCGACCUGGCAGCUCGAAGCCCAGAAGUUCCUAAGGAUACAGCCCAAGGUGGAGGGAAGAAGAAAGGGCCACGUUCGUCCAAAGGCAAGGCUGCCGCACCGGGUGGAGAGGGGGCUUCCAACGAGCCUCCAAACUCUAGAAAUGGCUAUGGAUUUGGCCCCGCGAUUUCCGCUCCCGCAUGGGGUCUCCCCCAGUCCCUGGCGCUGGUCAAUACUCCUAUUCCCGCAGUUCCUAUUCCUCUACCUGAGGUUCGACAGGGAGGAAACGCGAGCACUGAGCAGAGUAAACCGUUCGAACAGCCACCGCCCUCUACUCCAAGCAAACAACAACCCGAAGAAGUCCCUAACAGCAAUGCCUCUACAAGUAAACGGAGAAGGGGCAGACCCAAAGGAUCAAGGAACAAGGGCAGGUCGGAAGGUCCACAAGGAUCGGAUGCAGGGUUAAACAACGCUCAGUUAGAUGGCCAUGACCAAGUCCUACAGCCAUCGCAAUCUCCUGAAAUACAUGCGGCCGUUGCAAAAGUUACGCAGCCAAGUCAAGCUGCGCCUGAAGCAGCCCAUGUACCAAAGCCCGAUAACCAACCUCCAGCCAUAUCGAAACAGCAUCCGGCCAAUCAAUAUCCCCAACAGCCAUGGCAAAACAAUCCCCACCAAAAUCAAAUUGGACAAUCAAGCCAUUCCUCGUCUGUUCCCCCAACAGAUGAACUUAGCCCAGAGGAACGUGCUGUCCUGGAAGCUUUCAGAAAUCAUGGUUCUGAGGCGUUGAAUAUCGUCCCUUCUCCCAUCGUUCCCGCAAAGACUGCUCCGGAGGGGGGACAAAAAAGAAAGCGUGCUCCUCCCAAGCCUAAGCCCAGCGCACUACCUGCUCCAAGCUUUCCAACCUCAACCACGAAUCCCGUGCAAACUUCUGGCCCCGUCCCUCCUAACGGUGAAGCUCAGGUUGGCGUGAUGAAGGACGCAAUGCAGUGGUCUCAUGUAGAUACUUCUACACCUAUUGCACCACCUGCCAAACGACCUCGCCAGAGGAAGCCCAAGGCACCAAGCACGAAUGACCCUCCAUCUCGAAAUCACACCACCCCUGUUGUCAACAGUGCUACCCCCCCAACUGCCCCAAGCACGAUUCCUGACUCAACAGCAGCAUCUUCUCAGCAAAGCUUACCUGUUUCUCGACCUCCAGCUGAAGGUCUCGAAGCCCACUACGAGCGAUUUGCAAAUCUUUCAAAUCAGCAGAAUGGGCGGAGCCACACUCCCACUAUAUUACAACAGCAGCAGCAACAACGACCGCAAGCGAAGCCUUCAUCCGUGCCGCCAAAACAGUCAACACCUCAGAUGCAACAGCAACAAAUGCAAACACAAAAGUCUCAGCAGGGUACCCAGCAGGGUGGCCAACAAGGGAUUCAGCAAAGCAGCCAGCAGGGCAUCCAGCGGGAAGACCAGAAGAUGACACAGGCACCAUCAGCAAGGCCAUCGUCGACAGCAUUCUACAAUCAGCGUAGCCAACCCUCGACCACGUACAGUCAGCAAUACCCUUCUCACCAGCCUUCACAGCUCUAUGGGGCCCAUCAGCCUUCCCCGCAGAUGAGCAACAACAGCUACAGAACGUCCAGUACACACACUUUAUCUCAACCAUCGCCUCAAUUCUCCCAGCCCGAAAACACAUACAGAACCGCCAGUCCACACACUAUCGCGCAACCCUCCCCAUCUUUCUCUCAGCCAGACACCAACUACAGAACGAAUAGCGCACACAACCUGACCCAGCCUUCUCCCUCCUUCUCGCAAGCGGAAAAUGCCUAUAGAGCUCCGAGCACCCAUUCUAUGGCUCAACCCGCCUCCUCCUCAUACACAAGCUCACGUGCUCAUCCACAAGCACAACCUUCACAUCAGAACCAUUACAGCCACUUUUCCGAUUCCUCUUAUAUUGACCUUCCAACCUUAGAGUCUCUUGGUCAUUCUGGAAGCAGCGGCACGACAAAUGUGAGCCUAAGUGGUGGCCCCUAUGGACAAUCAAUUGGCGUCGGUCUUGGUACCUCUAGGACCUCUGCCAGCACCAACAGCCUGUAUGGGACCAGCUCAGGCCUAAGCAAUGCCUACGACUCUGGAACAAAUGAUCUUUUGCGGGGUGUUUCGCGAUCGACAAGCAAUAACACAGCUUAUGGCACAACUUCGUCAGGAUUGAGUAAUGCAUUUGAUACGGGAGCAGAGCAUUUACUUCGUGGGAUGGGGCGUCGGUGA